AUGGCUGCCCCCGCUCCCGAUAUCUCUGCCAUUUUGGCAGCACUAGCUUCACAUCAAUCUACAACACCGUCACAAACACCACAACAACCGCCACCCGGUCAGCAACCCCCUCUGGCAUUGCCUCCAGGUUUCCCGGGCGCGUUGCACAACCCUACUCCACCAGCCAUUCCUGGAUUCAACCUCCCGCAGCCCACGAACUCCGGAAGCCUUGAUUUGAGCGCGAUAAGGCCCACUAACAGCGGGUCGGUCAGUAUACAGGAUGCGCUAGCAAAGGCGCGUGGAUUCGCUGCUGAAAAAGGCCUUUCGUACAGUGCUGCGCGACCAGGCUCAGCUGAAGAUCCUCGGCUAGGCGGACAUUCGUAUCAACGCUCGCGCUCGCGCUCACGAUCUCCUGGACGAGGACAUCGUGACAGUUACAAUCCAUAUCGUGAUGAGCGUCGUGAAGACCCGCGCCGUGGUGGAACUGGAUAUGGUAGAGAUCGUUCCCGCUCACCACGCGGACGCAAUACAUUCUCUCCCACCCACCAGUACGGUGGGCGUGACCGUACCCCUCCCGCUAAUGACAACUCAGAGGUUAUACUGAUUGAUUCUUCGUUGGUUGGUCUCGUGAUUGGGCGUCAAGGAGAGAGCCUUCGUCGCAUUGAGCAGCAAUCAGGAACUAGGAUUCAAUUCAUCAAUGGUCCAGACAGCGGUCCUCAACGUCAGUGUCGCAUUACUGGUAGCCCUAGUGCUCGGAUUGCUGCAAAGCGGGAGAUCAAUCGUAUCAUCGAGGAAAAUGGAGGAAAUCCAGCCCGGGAAACAGGGCGUAAUGCGAGGGGUCCAGCCAAAGUCGGCCAGCAGCAACAGCCUGCUCUGCGUGAUGGUGAACAGUCUUCCCAGAUCAUGGUGCCUGACCGAACCGUCGGACUUAUCAUUGGCCGUGGAGGUGAAACCAUUCGUGAUCUUCAAGAACGAAGUGGCUGCCAUGUUAACAUCGUUGGCGAAAAUAAGAGCGUCAAUGGCCUUCGCCCUGUGAACCUGAUUGGAAGUCCCACCGCUGCUGCGCGAGCCAAAGAGCUCAUCAUGGAGAUUGUUGACAGCGACACAAAGACCAUGGGAGACGCCGCCCCUGCCCAACAGAACACCAACAGGCGUGACAACUUCGACCAAUAUGGUGGUGGCGCUGGCGCUGGUGCAGGUGCAGGAAAAAUCAACGAUACCAUCAUGGUUCCGUCAGACGCCGUGGGAAUGAUUAUCGGUAAAGGCGGUGAAACUAUCAAAGAUAUGCAGUCUACGACCGGGUGCAAAAUCAAUGUCUCUCAGGCAUCUGGUGCUGAUAUCGAGCGCGAAAUCGGCUUAGUCGGAACAGCACAAGCGAUUGCCGACGCAAAACGAGCGAUCUGGGAUAAGGUUGAUUCUGUGAAGGAAAAGAACCGUGAGCGAGCCGGUGGAUACAGCGGCAAUAACCAGCGUGGUGGACGUGAUAACGGGAGUUAUAAUGACAGCUAUACUCACCAACAGUCAAGCUACGGGCAGGCAGGAGCCGGGCAGGCAGCAGCGCCGGCGAACCCGCCGGCUACAGGAGAUGCUGCUGCUGCCGAUCCUUAUGCCAUCUAUGGAGGGUACCAGAACUAUCUGGCCAUGUGGUACUCAUCGUUUGCGCAACAGCAGCAGCAACAAGCGGGAGGACAAGGAGCUCCACCUCCGGGAGCUGCAUGA